AACGCUGGUGUCAUUGUCCAUAGCAUGAGCCCCUAUGCCGCCCUUGUACUGCUCGUAAAGAAGAAGGACGACGGCUGGCGUUUUUGCAUUGAUUUCCGUCGCCUCAACAAGAUAACGGUCAAGAACAAGUUUCCCUUACCAGUCGUAGAUGAACUCCUCGACGAGCUUGCCGGGGUAGCCUAUUUCUCCAAGAUCGACCUCCGCUCCGGCUACCAUCAGUUUCGCAUGGGCGAGGAAGAUGAAGAAAAAACAGCAUUCAAAACCCAUCAUGGCCAUUUCCACUUUCGAGUCAUGCCGUUUGGGCUCUGCAACGCACCAACCACAUUCCAAUGCCUCAUGAAUUCCAUCUUCUCCAAGUAUAUCCGUAAGUUUGUGAUCAUCUUCCUCGACGACAUCCUUGUUUUCAGCUUUGACAUGCAGGCCCAUGAGGAACACUUGUGGAUCGUGCUCUCCACCCUACGCCAACAUGAGCUAUAUGCCAAGGCUUCCAAGUGCUCAUUCGCUUAGCCCAGCAUUGACUAUUUGGGCCACGUCAUCUCCAAGGAGGGUGUCGCCACCGACGCGAGCAAGACGAGCUCCAUGCUCAACUGGCAUGUGCCUACCAAAGCCACGGAGUUGCGUGGGUUCCUCGGGCUCACCGGGUAUUAUCAGAAAUUCGUCGCGAACUACGGGAUUCUCGCCAAGCCACUCACCCAGCUGCUCACCAAGGCAGGUUUCCAUUGGGACGAGCGCAAUCAAGUUGCGCUCGAGCUCCUCAAGCAAGCCAUGGUGCACACGCCAGUCCUCGCCCUACCCAAUUUCACGUGGCCGUUCGCCAUCAAGACGGACGCUUGUGACACCGGGGUGGGCGCCGUGCUUGUACAAGAUGGCCAUCCCGUGGCAUACAUGAGCAAGGCAUUGGGCGUCAAGAACCAGAAGCUAUCCACCUGUGAGAAGAAAUUUCUCGCCGUACUAAUGGCUGUGGACAAGUGGCGACCGUACCUGCAACAGGGACCGUUCGAAAUUGUCAUGGACCACAAAAGCUUAUGUGCACUCGGCGAGCAACAAUUGGAUACUGAGCUCCAACGCAAGGCCAUGUCCAAGCUGGUGGGGCUGCAGUUCACCUUUCGGUACAAGAAAGGGGCUGACAAUGGUGUUGCGGACGCACUCUCCAGGGUGGGCCACCGGCACGCUCUCGCCGCGCUCUCGGUGUGCCAGCCUUAGUGGCUGCAAGAAGUUGCAAAUUCAUAUGAGACAGAUGCAGCCACGCAAGAACUCCUACAGCAGCUAGCAGUCCAAAGCCCAGAUGAUCAAGGUCGCACGCUCACGCAGGGCAUCAUUCGUCAAGGGGACCGACUGUGGAUUGGUGCCAAUACAGCCCUUCAAACCAAGCUCAUCGCCUCCUUACAUGACAAUGCUCUGGGAGGGCACUCCGGCAUCAGCUCAACAUAUCAGCGGGUGCGCACACUGUUUGUGUGGCCCGGUCUCAACGUGUUGUGGAAGACUAUGUUCAUCAGUGCCUCGCUUGCCAACAAGCAAAGCACGAGCACCGCCACCCUGCUGGCAAGCUGCAGCCACUCCCAAUUCCAACCGAACCAUGGCAUGAUUUGGCGAUGGAUUUCGUCGAGGGUCUUCUAACUUCCGAGGGCUACAACUCCAUCAUGGUGGUGGUGGAUCGCCUCACAAAAUUUCCUCACUUCGUGCCACUUCGCCAUCCUUUAAACGCGGCGCAAGUGGCCCGCGCCUUCUGGGACUCCAUCAUCAAGAUUCACGGAGUGCCCCACUCCAUCGUCUCCGACCGCGACAAAAUCUUCACAAGCGCGAUGUGGCGGGAACUCCUAGCAGCAGGCGGCACCAUACUCCUCAACACCACAGCCUACCAUGCCCAAACCGAUGGACAUAGAGAGCGCGUCAAUCAACGCCUCGAGAUGUACCUACGUUGCGCUGUUCCUGCCGCCGAAUUUUGGUACAACUCCACUCAUCACAGCUCUCUUCGUUGUUCUCCAUUCAAGGCGCUCUACGACACGGAGCCAAAUUUGGAGGGGGGGGGGGGGGGGGCUGCCCGCGUUCAGUGACAAGCUCUCGCCGACGGCGCACACGGAAAUGCUUUGGGGCCACCUCACCCGUGCUCAAGAUCGCUUCAAGAAACAAGCCGACAAGCAGCGCACGGACCGCGCCUUCACCAUGGGUGAUCAAGUCCUCCUCAAGCUCCAACCUUAUGUGCAGGUUUCCAUCGCCAGUCGCCCGUGUCGGAAGCUCGCCUACAAGUACUUCGGCCCCUUCACCAUCGUGGAACGCGUCGACACCCUGGCCUACCGCCUGGAUUUGCCGCCGGACAGUCGCAUUCAUCCAGUCUUCCACAUCUCGCAAUUGAAGCCGUUCAUCCCCAAUUACUCGCCCGUCUUCUCUGAGCUGCCCAAGAUCCCGGACUUGACGACGACGCCCCUCGUCCCGGUGGCCAUUUAAGAAUGACGCAUGGUGAAGAAAGGUCCAGCAGCGCUCACUCAAGUUCGCGUGCAAUGGUCCAUGGUGCCCGCCGAUGCGACGACCUGGAAAGAUUAUGAUGUCCUUCGCGUCCGCUUUCCUCCAGCCAGCAUCUGGGAAGACCCUGCGCCUCAAGAGGGGGCGACUGUCACGCCUGCAGUCCAGGCAGAUACACCUGAACCUGCAGCGGACACCAAGUGCACGAACGGUGCAGUCACAAGGGAAGCUGGGCCGUAGGCCGCGAGUCUUAUGUGUUGUGCGUGUGAGUCCAUGUCGGGUAUGUAUGUGGAUGUACUACUUAAAGCAACGAUGUCACUGUAACGUGCAGGCGAGAAGCAAGUGAAUCCUUUCCCCUCUCUA